AUGAUUCAAGUAAUAGUUAUUACUUUUACUAUAAGUUCAGUCUACGGAGGUGUUUCACAAUGUUCAAUGGCCGAUGUGAAGAGCUUGCUUGAAGGAUGCGAUAGAUUGACAGGACUCAACGUAACAAGCGUCGGUGGAACAAUGGUGAACGACCACAACUGCGAUGUAUUGCUUCCUAAGCAAGUGUUCAUUGACGAGCCGCUUUUUCAAUACGCUCUCGCUGAUUCGAAAAAAUUUUAUACGAUUAUUAUGGUGGAUCCAGACGCACCACCACAAAUUGAAGGCGAAUUUUUCCUACACAUUUUAAAAUCAAAUAUUCCUGGCCUUGCUCUUAGAACGAAGGAAAGCAGUAAAACCAUAGGCAUUGAUUAUCGAGGUUACAAGCCCCCAACGCCACCUCGCGGCACUGGUCCUCACCGCUACAUAACGCUACUCUACGAACAAGCCGAUGGCAAUAAUUUUCUUCCCAGCGUUCCGUCGUCCCGGAGUCGCUUUACACUCUCCAACUGGCUACGCGGUAAAAGUUUGUGCGGACCUGUUGCCGCUACGCAGUUCCGAUCUCAAUUCUAG